CCCGGGCCGGCCGCGAUGGAGGCGCCGCCCGCGGGCCGCGUUCCCGCCGAGGGCGCCCCGCCGCCGGCCGUGGCCGAGGUGCGCUGCCCGGGCCCCGGGCCGCUGCGGCUGCUCGAGUGGAGGGUGGCGGCGGGCGCGGCCGUGCGCAUCGGCUCGGUGCUGGCCGUGUGUGAGGCCGCCGCCUCCGCGCAGCCCGCCGGUCCCGCCCCCGCCCGCGCCGGGUCCGGGGGCUGCGUGCGCGCCGAGCGCAGGCUGAGGUCGGAGCGCGCCGGCGUGGUGCGGGAGCUGUGCGCGCAGCCGGGCCAGGUGGUGGCCCCCGGGUCGGUCCUGGUGCGGCUGGAAGGAUGUAGCCACCCGGUUGUCAUGAAAGGCUUGUGUGCCGAGUGUGGCCAAGACCUGACCCAGCUGCGGAGCAAGAACGGGGGGCAGCAGGUGCCUCUGUCCACGGCCACGGUGUCGAUGGUGCACAGCGUCCCCGAGCUCAUGGUGAGCUCCGAGCAAGCUGCGAAGCUGGCACGGGAGGACCAGGAGCGGCUGCACCGCGACCGGAAGCUGGUGCUCAUGGUGGACCUGGACCAGACGCUGAUCCACACGACAGAACAGCACUGCCAGCAGAUGUCCAACAAAGGCAUCUUCCACUUCCAGCUGGGCCGGGGCGAGCCGAUGCUGCACACCCGCGUGCGCCCUCACUGCAGGGAGUUCCUGGAGAAGAUCGCCCGGCUGUACGAGCUGCACGUCUUCACGUUCGGGAGCCGGCUGUACGCCCACACCAUCGCAGGCUUUUUAGACCCCGAGAAGAAGCUUUUUUCUCAUCGAAUAUUAUCGAGGGACGAAUGUAUUGACCCAUUUUCUAAAACGGGGAACCUCAGAAAUCUCUUUCCCUGUGGAGACUCCAUGGUUUGCAUUAUUGACGACCGAGAAGAUGUUUGGAAGUUUGCCCCCAAUCUGAUCACCGUGAAGAAGUACGUCUACUUCCAGGGCACAGGGGACAUCAACGCCCCCUCUGGGUCUCGGGAGUCCCAGGCGAGAAGGAAAGUAAAUCCAUCUCCGAGAGGGGCCGAUGUUCCAGAACAAGCUCUGUCUGUCAGGGAGACCGAGGGCCGGCCAGGCUCUGGGGUCGAGCAGAGUAAUGGUCUUGGGAAGCCCACGAGGGAACUCAACGGGAGUGCUUCUGCUCGAGGGGACUGGCCCCUGCCUGGGCAGGAGGAGGAGAGAGGCAGCCGACCCAUCGCCCGUGGGCCCUUGACUGAUGGCAAGGGGCCCCCAGUGUGUGCUCCGCAACCUGAUCGGACAUUGCUGGAAAAGCGGGCUGCUCAGGGCACAGCAGGCGGUGACCUGGACUUUGACCUUUCCAGUGACAGCGAGUCAGACGCCCCGUCAUUGUCUGACGGUGAAAGUGGGGAGAAGAGGAGCCUGGAGAGGCCUCAGGGAGCGCACGGUGCGGGCAAGGUGGUGCAGCGGGGCGGCCCGCCCGGCCCAGGAGGGGAGAGGCCAUGCGGAGAGCCGGCCCCGGGCCUGCACCCCGACGUGCAGGAGGAGGGUGAGCGGGACGGCCUCUGCGGGCUGGGCGGCGGCUCUGCCGACCGGAAGGAGGCCGAGACGGAGUCACAGAACAGCGAGCAGUCUGGGGUCACCGCGGGCGAGUCCCUGGACCAGAGCGUGGAGGAGGAGGACGAGGACGACGACGACGGGGACGGGGACGACCACCUGGUCCACCUGGAGGACAUCCUCGCCCGAGUGCACUCCGACUACUACGCCAGGUACGACCGGCACCUCCUCGGGGACAGCCCGGAGGCCCCCGACAUACGGAAGAUCGUGCCGGAGCUCAAGAGCCGGGUGCUGGCGGACGUCGUCAUCACAUUCAGCGGGCUGCACCCGACCAACUUCCCGGUGGAGAAGACGCGGGAGCACUACCACGCCACGGCCCUCGGAGCCAAGGUCCUCACGCAGCUGGCGCUGGACCCCGGCAGCCCCAACAGGGCCACCCACUUGAUUGCGGCGAGGGCAGGCACGGAGAAGGUGCGCCAGGCCCAGGAGUGCGGGCAGCUGCACGUGGUCAACCCCGACUGGCUGUGGAGCUGCUUGGAGCGCUGGGACAGGGUGGAGGAGCAGCUCUUUCCGCUCAGGGAGGACUACGGCCGAGUGCAGAGGGAGGAUGGCCCAGCAGCCUUUCCGGACCGGCAGGGCGCACCACCGGCUGCCUUGUUCCACCCGACGCCUGUCCAUCCCCGGGCCCAGGCUGGGCCGGACGUUCGCAUCUAUGACGCCAACACGGGCAAGCUCAUCCGGAAAGGUGCUGCGGGCCCCGGGCCCCCUGGCUCCCUGGCAGUGCACGCGGAGCACUCCUCCUUCAGGUGGAUGACAUCCUGGGAGAGGGGAGUGACGACAGUGACACUGAGAAGAAGCGGCCGGAGGAGGAGCAGCAGGAGCAGCCCCCGCCCCGGGAGCCCCAGGCCAUGCUGGAGGCCACGCCGAGCGGGGAGAGGACCAGCGCAGGCAGCCGGGGGCCCAGGGGCCACAAGCGUAAACUGCCCGAGGAGGACGCCGGCGGCGCGUCCAGCGGCGCAUCCAGCGGGGAGUCCAGCGGGGCGGACGAGGAGGGCAGCAGCUCAGAGGCGGACGAGAUGGCGGCGGCACUGGAGGCCGAGCUCAGCGACCUCAUGUGACCUGUGGGGCACAGGGCGGGCGUGCACUCCGUCCCCGGAGGGCUCCAGCAGCGUGGGCCCUCGGAUGUUCUCUCUUCUCCAGAAAGACGUGCAUAUUGGCGGAGCUCCACAUACAGAGACGCAUUAUUUUGCAGAAAUAGGUGUUUUUAGAGGUUUUACUACGGAAAGUCUACUUUUUUAAGGGAUGGUGUCCCGGGAGGCGGUGUGCCAAAGAUGUCGCCGCCCCCUGCGCAGCCCGGCACGGAUCGGGAGGUGGGACAUGGGUGGUGGCCAGAGUGCGCAGUGGGGGCCGGGCAGCGGGGCCGCGGGGGUGCGGGGUCCUCCCCCGGGACUCAGAUGUAAAGUUUUGUAUAUCGAUCUCGCAUUGACCCACCAAGCAAAUUUCUCUCUCAUUGAAUAAAACUCCUUUUUGUAA